AUGGAUUCUUGGCCCAAGAGCGGCGAUGGACGUCGCUUGAUGUUUAGGGCAGCCAAGCCCCAUUUUUUCAAGAUAAUUCUCGAUGAUACUAUUCGUAGAAGGAAGCUUGGGAUUCCAAGAAAGUUUGCGAGGAGAUAUGGAAGUGAAAUGUCAAGUCCUGUAUUCCUGAAGGUGCCUAGUGGUGAAAAAUGGGAGGUACAGCUUGUGAAAUGUGAUGAUGAGAUUUGGUUAACAAAUGGGUGGCAGGAGUUUGUAGGGUAUUACUCUUUAGCCUGUGGAUACUUCCUGGUUUUUGAAUUUGAACAAAAUUGCCAUUUCAAUGUAAUCAUAAUGGACAAGAGUUCUUCAGAGAUAGACUAUCCAUUGAGCCAUAAUGAGGAUACUUGUCUUGAGGAAGAAUUCCCAGGGCCAAAGGUUGAAGAAACUGAAAGUGAUCACUCAUUGCCAUCACCAUUACCAUUCACUCAGCCUCAUAAGAAGCUGAAGCUAGAGAAACCCACAAAAAACAUAAAAUCACUGGCUGAUUUUGCAGGAAAGAGGGGCAAAGCUAAGGAGACUGGGAGGAUGCAGCCAUUGACAGCUGAAGAAAAAGCUAAUGCACUCCAUAGAGCAGGAGCUAAUUUUAAAUCUGGAAAUCCUUACUUCAUGAUCGUAAUGCAGCAAACACAUCUUCAUAGAUUGAAUAUACCAGCAAGCUUUAAAAGGGAACAUUUCAACAAUCGUAAGGCUGCCACCUUCAUUACAAAGGAAGAGAAAGCUUGGUUUGUUGAAUUUGUGAGCAUUGGAAAAGCAAUAGCUAGAUCACGUGAUGGUUGGAAGAAAUUUGUACAAGAAAAUCACUUGGAAGUUGGAGAUGUUUGUGUGUUUGAAUUGAUUAAUCGCAUUGCAUGUAAAUUCAAUGUAGUCAUUUUCCGGCAUACAUGA